AUGCAUGGCCUCGAGCCUGCCCUUCAAUUCGCUAGCGACGCAUCGUUCGGCGACCAUAAGGACCGCAAGAGCUCGGAAGGAUACCUCUGCAAGCUGUUCGGCGGGGCAGUCGACUGGAAAGCUGGAAAGCAAAAGACCGUGACAACUUCUACCACAGAAGCAGAGCUGCUAGCCCUAUCCGAGGCAGCGAAAUCAGCUCUUUGGUGGAAACGUCUACUCGCCGCGGUCAACCUCGAAUACCAGGACUCAGAAGCCAUGGAAAUUCAGUGCGAUAACGCCCAGACCGUUGGCCUUCUCACCAAGGAGACGCCUCAACUCAGUACCAAGCUUCGCCACGUUGAUAUUCACCACCACUGGCUUCGGCAGGCCGUCCAAGCCGGAGAAAUCGCUAUCCGCUGGGUUCCCACCAAAGAUAUGGCCGCGGAUGGACUCACGAAGCUCUUACCUGCUCAAAAUCACAGCAGUUUCAUGCGCGCUCUCGGACUCACGAACAUACAGCACCUUAUCAAAUGA